ACUUUUAACAGAUCCGGAAAACUGUUUGGCUAGAGUGAGAAAAGCUAGCAAAGAUGAUAAAAGCUGUGAUGGUGAUGAACACUCAAGGGAAGACUCGACUAGCAAAGUUUUACGAAUACCUGCCGGUGGAGAAGCAGCAGGAGCUUAUACGCGGCAUUUUUGCUGUCCUGUGCAGUAGAGCUGAGAACGUAAGCAAUUUCAUAGAUGCAGAAUCAAUUUUUGGUCCGGACAGUCGUCUUGUCUACAAGCACUUUGCCACUCUUUACUUUGUCUUUGUAUUUGAUAGUUCUGAAAAUGAGCUAGCCGUGCUUGACUUGAUACAAGUUUUUGUGGAAACGUUGGACAAAUGCUUCCAGAAUGUUUGCGAGCUUGACAUUGUGUUCAAUUACAGCAAGGUACAUACUAUCCUGGAUGAGAUGAUUUUUGGAGGUCAAGUGGUGGAAACAAGUUCAUCAGAAAUUAUGAAGGCAGUUGAAGAGAUUUCUAAGUCCUUUCUCUAUCCUUUCCUCCUUUGCUUGUCUAAAAAAACAUGUUAGAAGCUGCCUCGAAUGCUAUCACACUCAUUCCAAAAUCCGCUUCUGGUUGGCGAAGUAGGUAGUUUUAACAUUCAAAUGCUCUUAAUAUUGGUUAUCGAAUUAUGUACUGUCAUCGUGAGUUGGUAACUUAUGUUUUUAAUUAACCGGUGAUCAAUGCUUGAGUGGAGUAUCAUUUCAUAUUGGCUCACAUAAUCAGAAGUUUAGAGGUGUUAUAUAUGAAUAGUUAGUUUCCUGCUCUUCACGAGUAGUAAAUAAUUAAAUGUUACAAGACGGUUUUAUUAGCACAUGCUUACAAGUUACAUCUUUGAGUGUUGAUCCUGAUUUUUGCAAUCUUUAUAUGCUUUUCUCAGAGACAUCAGAUUAAUAUUUUG